UUCAACCAACACUUUUACUCUCUCCCCCAUCAACCACCUACCUUAACAGCAACUGGAAAUCGCCUCACUCAAUUGAACUCGCAAAAUGGCCCCAGUAAUCCCCUCCAAACGCCGCACCCUCCGCGCCAAACUCGCCGCCCGCAGCGGUCCCUCGCCCUACGCCCCGCGCAAAGCCCCGCGUCCCGACGCCGUCGAGACCAGCGAUUCCUUCAUCAAUUCCAAGAAAGACAAGCGUCUGGUGAAACACGCAUCUUUCGUCUCGCGUAUUGAAAAGACGUCCUCGAAGGAGAAAAAACUUAAACGGCGUAGGCCGGGGAAGAAACUCGUUACGAACCUCGACGCGCUGGCGGAUGCGCUGCCGGAUUUGAUGGAGACGGAGGAGGGGCUGCGGCAGAUGAGGGAGGGGAGGGUGAGACAUCGUAGUUUGAAGGGAGGCAGGGGUGCGAUGAAGAGGAAGGAACGCGUGGUUAGGGGGGAGGUUCGGAGGUUUGGGGUUAGUUUGGCGAGGCUGAAUGCUGUUCCGGAGAAGGGCGGGGAGGUUGAGCGGAGUGCCGAUGUUGAGGGCCAGGGAGAGGUGGCAGUGCCGGUGGUGGCGCCGACUUCGACUGCAAAUCGGUUUGCGGCGUUGCGGAGCUUUAUCUCGGCGACUAUGGAGCAGAACCCUGCUUUUGUUGGGAAGCGGGAUGGGGAAUGAGGUGGUGGUUUAUGAACGCUACGGCUACGAAACAAAUACGGAUGGUUUUAUGCGAGAAUAAUUGCCACGGUGUCAGGGUCGGAGACUUGAAAGGAGAGAUCAUGACCAUAUGAUCUCUGAUUUACUAUAGUAGGCGUAUAUACUACUACGCUGCCCGCUCCCGGCUAGUCCCUCAUGAUUCAGAUCUGCCUACCUGCAACGAGGUAUACGUCGGGGGGCUAUAGCUUAUUAGGGAUUACCUAAGUAGAAAGGUAUUCAAGCAAGGUCAAGGAACAUACACCGACCCCACAAAGCUAUAAUAUGAACCAGACACCUGGGAAAUGGUUACGUCUCCACUGAUGAGCUUAUAUCAAGGAUCUCGAUUCGGGUACACAGGUAUAACUCGAGAGCUCUAGUGCUCUCCUAUUAAGAAUAAAAGACCAUAUCACAUGCUUGA